GUCGUGGUGCUGAAAGGACAGCUCCUCUCAUCUCCAGAUAUGUUCACCAGAAUGUUAAAACUGAGACUGCUCAACACUGUAGCACCUGCAUACUUCUUCAUAGCUACAGGAGUCACUUUUAUCUUGCACUUUUGCCUCUUCAUCCCAACAAUCUUCCCUAAUCCAGACUCAUCACUGAGGGGAUCUUCAACUUUUCAUACAUUUGUUUUUCUUUUCUUGACAUUCAACGCAUUGGGGAAUUAUAUAAUGACUAUUAUUUAUCCGGCUGAAAGUGCAGAGACUGUGAUUCCAGUGUGUUCGCCACACUGCUCAGACAAAGUGGACGCUCACUACCUCCUGAACGGCCGUCACUUCUGCAAACUGUGCAAGAAAGUCAUUCUCAAGAGGGAUCACCACUGCUUUUUCACUGGAAACUGCAUCGGAAACAAAAACAUGCGCUACUUUAUCAUGUUCUGCAUCUACACAUCAUGCACGUGUUUGUACUCUUUGGUUCUUGGUGUUGCUUUUCUAACAGUGGAGUACUCGAUAUCCUUUGAGAACCCAUUGACCUUCUUGACUCUUCUCCCGCUCUCAACUGGAUACUUCUUCAUGGGAACAAUCUCAGGCUUGCAGCUGUUCCUGGUGCUGAUGCUGUACGUAUGGCUGGGCAUUGGUCUGGUAUCUGCAGGUUUCUGUUGCCAGCAGGUGCUGCUGGUUGCCCGGGGACAGACCUGGUGUCAGAUGCAGAGAGGGGAGUUUGUGAAGAAUUACACAGCCUGGACAGCCAACUUAAAGGAUGUCUUUGGCAGCCGUUGGAUCAUUGGCCUUAUCCUGCCUGUGCAGACAGUGGAGACAUCCUCUGAAGACUCAGACGUACAUAAACAAGACUGAUCUGUAACUACUUACAGUAAGCGCUACUCAUAGGUCAAACAAAAAGCUCAUGUUACAGAAAUACUUUCUUAGGAUCCCUGCAGUGAUUGCAUCUAAAUUUUACAUGGAUGCUAUUGGAUGUUUAAAGUCAUUACUCAUAUAGAUAACUGAUAAUAUACAUUCCUUCAAGGAAAAAAGCCAUAAGGGCAAAUUUGUGAAAUAGGAACAUAGUAUUCAAGUGUAACCUUUAAGUGGCUAUCUAAAGCAAUAUUAAGAACAAAUAAUACUUAGAUGUACUUAUUUAACCUCUUCAAAGCAAUGUUCAAGUGAGCAGCAUUAUUACAUCUUUAAAAAAGUUGGUAAUUUUGGACUUCCAGCUAUUCUAUAUGCAUUAAGUUUUUACAUCAUGUUAAGUUUUUUUGUUUUGUUUUUGCAUGUUUUCACACCUUUCUAUGACAUAAAAAGCCUGCAUCAAUGUGGAGCUUUGUUUUUAAACUCUUUCUUACUGGAAGUUACAGUGUGAUAUCACAAAAAAGUGUUAGUGUUCACUUUGACAUUAAGGGCUAUCAAAUGUACGACUGCAGCACAAACUGCCAGGCUUUACAAAUUGGUGUUGUAUUUAUGUGCCAAGUCUGAUGAUGUUUUUCUACUCAAACUGCCUUGCUUAAUGAAAGUGCAGAAAUGAACUAAUUUAUGUGAAUGCUUAGAGAAAAUGUAAAUUAUAUUAUCCAAGUUAUAACUCACAGUGUGCCAUGAGAUCAUGUCUAACAUGCUUAUCAAUAACUGCAAAA